GUGCCCGCCUCCCCGUGGGCCGUGCGGGGCGGGCGCUGCUCGGCGCGGCCUGCGGGCGCCGUGCGGAUGGAGGAGGCGGAGGAGGCGGCGGCGGCGGCGGGCGGCAUCGUCCUGCACGACUUCAUCGGUCGGCUGGGCGAGCAGCGGGUGCACUUCCACGCCAUGCGGCUGCGGGACUCGCUCUUCCUCUGGGUGGGCGCCGCGCCCGCCCUGGCCAGCCUGGCCGUGGCCAUGUGCAGCCCCCGGGACGGCGUGCCCGUGUCCACAUCGCUGCUCGGGGACCCCUCGGACACCGCCUCCGCCUGCCUGGCGCAGCGCCUGGCCAGGAAGACCAAAAAACAGAUAUUUGUCAGCUACAAUCUUCAAAACACGGACAGCAAUUUCACCUUACUCAUAGAAAACAGGAUCAAAGAAGAAAUGAUGGCAUUUCCCGAGAAGUUCUGAACUUCGCAUCAUUGUAAAAUAACUUAAGGUUUUGUUUCAGAGGAAGUGAGUGCACUUUUCACACUGACAUUUAGUAUACUUUGUGUUGCUCUGAUUGAAUUUGCAUUUGUUAUUAAAUGUAGCUGGACCUAA